UCGACCGCGUAUCUGCGCAUGUUUGGUGCCAUGGAGAUGAUGUCAGCGGCGUCAUCAAGCUCUGCCGCGCUGCACAAGGCGUGCGACGCCUGUCGGACCCGGAAAACGCGAUGCAGUCUCUCAGGCACCAAUGCCACGUGCGAUCUCUGCCUGUCGCAAGGGCGCCCCUGCUCCUUUACGCCAGUGAAAAGACCCCGCAAGCGAAAGUAUGAGUCGGAAGGUAGUCUGCGCUGAAUUGAUGAUGGAUCUGAGACCCAAACCGGGCUGAUGGUGUGCACUAGCUUUGACAUCUCUUGCGGAUACAGAUAUCACGUCGUUGUCCUCGGGCACCGGCAAGCUGUACAUGGACUCUCUACUUGUGAAUCGACAGGCGUCUCGUCACCUACGAGACUCUGGCCAUCCAGACCAGCUCACCACGAUUUCCGGGUUCAAUCCUAAUAUCUCGUUCUUCCCUGCCAAACGAGUCAAGGCGAUCAACGAAAGACUGGGGCAUAACCGACUAGACCAAUUACUCGAACAGAUCCGCGCGCUCGUAUCAACAAAGAUCAAGACCGCCUGUGCCAUUCCGCAGUCUUAUAUCCAGCGGCGGCACUCGCUAAGCCAGAGCCACCAGUUUCCUGAUUGGGCCAGCAUCCAAGCUCAUAUCUCCGCCUAUUUCGAAGCCGUUCACCCGGUCUAUCCGUUUCUGUCCCCCGACACAUUCCGUCAGAAAGCCACAGCUGAGGACCUGCCGCAUCUGCUUGCUGCUGACCGCGCUUGGGCGGCAUUGUUCUAUGCAAUUGUUGCCAUUGGAUGCCAGAACAAUGAAGGAGGCAGCUUUGAGGUUGGUGUGGGUGAGGCAUGGCAAUACUUCGAGCGAUCCUUGUCAUAUUUUCCAGACUUGGUGUUCGGUCGCGGUUCAUUGACUGGAGUUCAAGCGCUCAUGGCUAUGGCAAUCUUUUCAUCCACCGUGUCUGCUUUCCAAUUCGAACCCCUCAUGUUGUCAGAAGCCAGCAUGAUGGCGCAGGCACUGGGCUACCACCGCUCGAACGGGGUGCAAGAAACAGCUCACCGGCGCACCUUCUGGGUGCUCUACUAUCUCGAAAAGACUUCAUGCUUUGGCACGGCAAGGAACUCAGUUAUCGACGACUCCAACAUCAGUUGCGCCAUUCCAGACGUGCUAGAAUCUUCCUUUGGCGACUACGACUGGUUCUUCUGCUUCAUCAAGUACGGCCGUCUGGUCUCGAAAGUCCACCAGUCGCUCUUCAACGUCAGCGCCGUGAGCCAGCCCUUGCAUACGUACAACUUCACCGUCAACAGUCUACGUUCGGAGCUAGAGACCUGGCGUCUGGCGAUCCCCGCCCGAUUCCGGCCGGGCGAGGUCCCGAAACCUCGUCUAUUGCGUGAGCCAUUGGCUCUCAAGAUCGCCUUACUCACGCACUACCUGUACUUCCACGCUCUUCUCGCCCUAUCGUGGACCAUCCUCCAUGUAGGAACCGCUCGGGUCGCGGCGGCGCAGCAGGACGUUCUGAAACGAGAACUGUUGCGCACGGCGAGAAGUGUUCUCGAACUGACGGCCUUCAUCGAGGUUGCGCCCUCGACGCCUGUUUGGAUCCUGGCCGUCCUCCCGCUCUCCGCCCUAAUGUUCCUCUUCGACCUCGUCGUGCACAACCCCACACACGCUGAAACCGGACUCAGUCUCGCCCUCCUAGACAUGGCCGGCGGGCACUUCAGUCGGAUUGAGUACGCCAGCAAAGGAGCACUUCCAGGUUCUCUGGUGGCCGAGUUCGCCCACCUCGCCCGACAGUACGUGUCGGACGUUAGGACUGGCAAAACGCAGGCGGGCGGCGAAAUUAUCCGCACGCGGAGGUCUGUCGAGAAAGGAGCAGCAGCAGCAGCAGCAGCAGCGCCCGUCGUCACUGAGGGAGGGGUGCUGGCAUCGACGACCGCCCUUCGUGUCCAGGUUGGCAAUCCGUUGAUGGAUGCCAAUCGGCCCCGGGAGACCGAGCUCGAUCCGACGGCGCCCGUCCAGCCCUGGAGUCCGGCCUCGUUCGACCCUAUCUUCUUUCCGCUGCUCGAUGAUCCGAGUUAUGCGCUGGAUGACGUGCAGUGGUUGGGGAUCGAUGUUAUGGGGCUUUUUGAUCAGUUGUAUUGAGAUGCGUAGAAGCCGUAUUCGGCGAAGCCAUUGUGUUGAUCAAGAUGGAGUUGAUCUAACAG